AAGUACCCACGUUGUUGUUGUUAAGCCUCCUCUAAAUUACAAUUUAAAUUAAACCACGAAAGAGCAAGGAGCCGAACAAAACUAGACGAACAGCCUUUGUACUAGUGAGAGCGCGCUCUUCUCUUUCUUCUGCAAAAUUCAAAUUGAAUAUCAAAUAAUAAAAAUUCCCACGGAUCUGCUACACAAAACUUCAAAACCCUAACCCACCAACCCCUCUUCCCUCUCAAGCUCAACCUUCCAUUCUGGUUUGCUCCCUCGGGGAGGUCCAAAGAUUCAUCAUUUCAGCACUUACCCUUUUCGUUUUUGUUUCAAAAGUUUACAAAUUUUAGCGCCCAUGAGUCAGAUUUAGUGGUUCUUGCAAAAGGGUCGGUUUUUAAAUUGGUGUAUUUGAAUUGGGUUCAAAGAUUAUGGAAGACCGAUGUGAUUCAGGAAAAGGGUUGGUCUCGAUACCCAGAUCGGAUUCAAAGACUGUUGGGGAGAAGCGGGUGAGUACUGAAUUGGGACAAGAACGUGACUUGGGUUCUCGUAAGCGGCUUAAAAUGCGAGAUCUUGAAUCUGUUUGCCGGUCUGAAGGAAUUAAUCCCCAUCAUACAAAAUCCUUGAAAAACAAAGAAUCAAGUGGUCAGUUUCAAUCCAGUGGUGAAGAGAUGUCUCAAGUUACUGAGGUGCCUAUAACUUUGGAUUUGGAUGCUUCUCAAGCAGGAAAAGCAUGGAGUAGGACAUUAUCAGUAGCGGUCAAUCCUGCUUCUAGACCACUGGAUCUCAAUACAGACAUGUGCCUAGCCAACAAUACAGUUCAGGACGACAGUCAGCAAUGCCCUGAGAGUUCUGGAAAGAUCACCUUGCUUAGGGAUCCUAGUAAUUGUGUAAAUGAAAAAGGCAUCCGAUUGGACCUCAAUGCAGAAGAUGCUUCAAUUCCAGAAAAUCAAGAUCCAUUUUACCCUUAUAAAAAUACCAAUCACUUGAAGCCAAGAGCUGUGUCUGAGUGUGGGAGCUGCACUGGGCCAUUGGAAGAGAAGGAUUCAAUGAGAGUGUGGAAGGAGAUGAAGCAAAAUGGUUUUCUCUCAUCUACUCAUGGAGGCAUUCCGAUGCCAAAGCAACGGACCAAGAAAAGUAAAAAUGAAGAGCUCAAGAAAAAGAUGGAACGUGCAAAGAGGGAACAAGUGGACAGGUUCGCAAAGAUUGCUGCUCCAAGUGGACUACUCAAUGAACUGAACCCUGGGAUUAUAAACCAUGUGAGAAAUAGAAAACAGGUCCGUUCAAUCAUAGAGUCCCUUGUAAAAUUUGAAAAACUUGAAAAUGACCGUGUGGGAAACAUGCACGCAACCCAUCCGAAGAGUGGAGCAUGUGAAAUUGGGAACAGGAAGGACCUGCAAAAUAUGAAUGAGUCCGGAGUACAUUUCUGUCAUGGAAGUCGGCAUCAAAAUACUUCCUUUGAGGGCGGGCAGACAAGAGGGUUCCCUAUAUCCAUGAAUAGAUCUUUUAUUCCACAGGACAAAGGUGGAGAUGGUGAACGAACCACAGUAGAUAGGUUUAGCGGUAGAAGGUUUAUGUCACACUCUGUCCUUGAAAAUGAGGAAGAUACGCUAGCAUUGAAGUUGCCAUCAUCAACUAAUGCAUCUGAGGAUGAUAGCCCUUUGUCUGAUGAAGAAACAGCAUCUUAUCUUUCUAUUAAAGCUGCUACCAUUGCUUCUCAAUGGUUGGGACUUAUUCUUCAAGACAUCAAAGGACGUCUUGCAGCAUUGCGACGCAGUAGGAAGAGAGUUCGAGAUGUAAUAACUACAGAUUUACCAUCAUUAUUAUCAAAAGAGUUUCCCUCUGAUCAGGAGAAUGAUCCUUGUAUCACGAAAAAUUCCACUGGUGGAUUUCCUAGCUGUACUAUUGCAGACAUGCAUCGGGCAAGAUGGAACCCGUUGUUUGAGCAAAUGGAUAAAGCACUUUCUGAAGAAGAGGAUCAACUUGAAAGUUGGUCAAACCAAGUAAAAGAAAUGCAGCUUCAUUGUGACCAGGGCCUUCAAAUUGUUCAAUGGAACACUGCUUCUGGCAGUCAACAAUUGGGAACAUCUGAAAAUGAUCCCAGAUCACAUAUUUUGGAUAACUCAGAUAGGGCAUUAGCUGUCAGGGCUGCUGCGGCUUCGAUUUAUUCAACAUGCAACUUUCUUUUGUCGACAAAUGUACCCUGUUUCUGAGCUUGUUCACUACAGUCCUUCCUCUCUUCAAUCUUUGUCUAAUUAAGUUGACCUUUUUUUUUUUCCUGCUAGUGAGCAAUCAGCAAAAUCGUGAUUAGGUUUAUAAGGCUUUGCUCAGUAUUUUGAGUCUGUAACAUCAGAAACGGAGGUCAUGAAUCUGUCAGCUUUAUCUAGAGUGGCAGAAUACGACUGUUACAAUUCCAAUUGUUGAAAUAAUAAAGUCUUGAGAUUUACU